AUGAAUCAAGAAUAUUUAAGCAUUUUUGAAGAAAUAAUUGAAAAUGUAGAAACUUCUUCUUCAAUCAAAGAAAUACAAAUAAAUCUUAAUAAAUUUUACCAAAAAAUGUAAAGCGAAAUAGGAAAUAUAUAAUGGACACUUUUUACAGAAAACUGUAUUAGCAAGCUAUUUAAUAGACUAUUUUCAAGUGAUAAAGUUUUCAAAAAAUUCCAGGAUAAUAUUGAAACGGACAUAGAAAAUAUUUUUAUGUUUGAAAAGCUAGAUAAGUCUAUUAUGUUUAAUAUAUUUUCAGAAUAUCUUAUCUCUUAAAUGAGGAAACAAUUAAAAACAAUAAUGACUAAGAGAAAAUUUGUCUAUAACUUAUUUGAAGCAUUUUUCUUAAAAAAAUAUGAUAAUAUUAAAGAAGCAAUUUUACUCAAUUCUGAAGGUGAUUUUCGUGUAUUAUUUAUUAAUAAAAUCUUCAGAAUAUAGGCAGACUUUUUUAACUUUUUGGAAGAAAGUCCUUAGGGAUUAAAUAACUUAGAGUAUUUUUCAAAGUUAAUAUUUCUGUCUAACUAAUUAGAUUAGCAGAGCUGCUACUAUAUCAUUAACAAAAUAAUAAUUAUGGGAGAAGUGUAAUUGAUAACUUAAAUUUUAAUAAAGGAUAUCAUAAAUUCUAAAUAAAAUUUAGGAACAGUAUAGCAAACAGUAAAGUAAAAAAUGAUAAAUUUUAAUAAGUACUACUUGCUGAUAGGAAAUAUAAUAAGAGCAAUCUCUGUUGAAGUUAAGAAUAAGUCUCUAAAAUAAGAAGAAGCAAUUAAAAUAUUAAAAGAUUAUUUAUAGUCUCUAGAUGAAAACAACCUCGUCUGUGUUUUUUGUGAUAGAAUUUUAUUCACUUUCUCUUUUUACAAUGAUACAUCUAAAAUAUUGUCUUCCUUUUUUUAGAAAUACUUACAAUACAACAAUAUGGUAAAAAUAUUUGUAAAGUGUUUGGAAGUAUGGAGAAAUGACAAUUUUAUUAGAUAUAGUCACUAAAAGCUAUAAUAUUUUGUUACAAAUUUAAUAAGAGAGUUUAUGGAUUUGAUAAAUUUAAAAGAUCUUGAGGAUCCAUCAAUAAUGACAAAUCUUUAAAAAGGAAUUACUUUUAGAUUUGAGACUUUUGCUCAUUUCGAAUAUGUUAGAUCAUGCUCUCAUUGUGUAUGGAAAGCAUUGGUUAAGAAGCUGUAAAUUAAAGUCGAAGAGUGCAUUGAUAAAGAUGAACUUGACUCGUUCAAUUAGUACCCUGAUUAUAUGGAUCUAGAUUAAAUUGAAGAAGAUAUAGAAUAAAAUAAUAACUCUUAGGAAAUCUAAGCUCACUUAAAUUAAAAAGAGGAAGAGAAAAAAAUAUAAAAUGAAAAUUUAACAUAAGAAAAUCAACAAAAAUAAAACAACAAUAGUGAUGAUGAAAGCGUGGAUAGUGAAGAGGAGUCAUUUUAUGAAAUGAAUGUUUAGCAUACAGUUGAUGAUCCUCUUGUUUUAUAACCUCCAAAGCAUUUAUAUGAUUGUCUGUUGGGAUUAAGAAGUGAUAAUUCUAAGCGUUUUGAACUUUCUUUAAAGCAUUUGAAUUUUCUUAUCAGAAAAAAUGUAGAUGAUUUAGCUGUUUUAUGGGAGGAGUUAACAAACCAAUUGUUAAGAAUACAUUAAAUUGAUGUGUGGAUUCCUUAGUUUGAUGAGUAUAAAAAGAGAGCAUUAGUUAGCUUGUGUAUUUUUAAACCCGAAUAAGUUUCAAAGGUUUUGAUUGACAGAUUUUUCAGUGCAGAAAGCUAUGUGGGAGAUAAGCAUUUUCUUAUAAACCUCUUUAUAGAAUCAGCUCAGGAGUUAGCUGAUAAUCCAAAAAAAUAUAUGAGCGAUUAGUUUAAUGAAUUUGAAGAGAAAGAUGAUGGGGCUUUUUAUUUCAAAAAAAUAUCAACUUCCUAUUACUAAAAACCUGAGUUAAGUGAAGAGAUGAAAAAGGCCUAAGAAGAAAAGAAAAAAAGAACUGAAGAAAAAAGCAGACGUUGGGGUGAAACAAGAAUUAAAUUUGAGGAGCAAUAGGAUACAAGUAAUUUAAAGAAAAUGAAUAGGUCUGAAUUGCUGAUUAUUAAUAACAAUCCAGAUGGUUUGUUUAUAAACAGGUUAAACCAAUUAAUAUAGUCGUUUUAUUUUCCACUCUUAGUACCUAUAAGAGUAAAUCAUAAACAACUGAUGAGAAAAGAAGUUUUCUUAUUGUCUAAUGUGUUUGCUUUGAUUACAUCGUAUAUACAGAAUGCAAGAAAUUCCUUGCUAUUUUAUAGAAUGGUUGAAGAAGCUCUUGAUUAUGUUGAGGAAUUCAAGGAUAUUUUUGACCUUAAUUUUACUCGUUCAAUGCUUCAGUGUGUACUUAAAAUAUCUAUGUUUGUUAAAAAAGAUGUUUUAAUGAACUAUCCUUUAAUUAUGAGAAAGCUUAUUUCGGUAAGCCAAAUUCUAGCAGAGAGAGGGCUUUAGAAAGAAUAAGAUAAUGCUAAUAAGUAUUUAGUUUCAAUGAUAGCUAACAAUAUUUAAAAUCUAUUUAGCUUUACAGACUUUUCAAACUGA